CUAAGACACGCAAUCAGACAACAGGCUCCGUGACAAUAAACAUUUGCAUGUGAGAGUGAAUAAAUACCACAGCGACGAGACUCUUCAACAUUCAGCAUUUUCUCAUCUGUGAAGAAGCAUCAUGCCUGAACCAGCCAAACCCGCGCCCAAGAAGGGCUCUAAGAAGGCCGUCACCAAGACCGCCGUUAAGGGAGGAAAGAAGCGCAGAAAGUCCAGGAAGGAGAGUUACGCCAUCUACGUGUACAAAGUGCUCAAGCAGGUCCACCCCGACACCGGCAUCUCUUCCAAGGCGAUGGGCAUCAUGAACUCUUUCGUCAACGACAUUUUCGAGCGCAUCGCCAGUGAGUCGUCUCGUCUCGCGCACUACAACAAGCGCUCCACCAUCACGUCGAGAGAGAUCCAGACCGCCGUGCGUCUGCUGUUGCCCGGUGAACUCGCCAAACACGCCGUGUCCGAGGGCACCAAAGCCGUCACCAAGUACACCAGCUCCAAGUAAAGCGUCGCUUUCAUCCGCCGCACACAAAGGCUCUUUUAAGAGCCACCCAUGACGUCACUAAAGAGCUUCUAAUAUUGGGUUUGUAGGAGUCUUGUUGGAUCUUUGCACGUCUCAUUAAUGAACAUUUAUAUUAUUUUAUUAUACGAAUAAGUUAAUAUUCCGUCUCGUGUUGUAUCUCAAAUGAGGAACACGAGUUUGUUUAAAUCCUGACUAUAGAUCGUCACUUGCCUUGGAAAUAUAGGUGCAGAACAAUUGAAUGUUCAUGUGUCUGUGUAGGGGGUCAAUAAAUGUCAACUAAUCUCGUUGUCUUUAAUCUCAACAUAAAGGUCCAGUUAAUAAUUUCGUUUCAAUUCAUUUGUACAACUUCAAACUGAAAGUUCUAGGAGCCAAACUUUGGCAUGUUCUGUUUGAAAACGAUGAAUAUACAAUUUUCCUUGCAACAAAACAAUUUGAUUGUACAUAUUUUUCUUUAUCUAAUUCUCACUUUUGAUGAACUGUGUCUAAUGUAAAAGCUAUUUUGUUGACGUCAAAAUUAUAAGAAAAACCUAACAUUGCAUUGUUUAAAUUAAUGUUUAAGGAAAAUGUUGUUGAUUUAAUAACACAUAAAAUGAGUAGAAAUAAAGAAUCAUAUCACUGCAAUCAUGUGCCACAGAUUUAAGCAAUGCAUUGUGGCCUUUGUUUUUGAAGAAACAAAAUGGCACUCAAGAAAACAAAUUUUAGAGGAGAUUAGAUAUUUGAAUCUGACUGCAGUAAUGAGUGUGUUGUUUUAAAGGUCUCAUGAACUGUGCUUGUUUAUCGUUUAUACUGUUAUAUGAGGUCUACAUAUGGAGUUUGUGUGGUUUUACAUCCAAAAACAUCCAAAUCAAUAAGUAAUAGGCUAUUUUCUACCCAGGUUUUGAGGCCCGCUCUACAAACGCUCGG